UCCCCAAGAAUUGGACACACACACAAAUAACUAUGGCUCGGUUUCUUGUGUAUCUUUCUUUAGCCCUACUAAUAAGUACUCUCUUAAACCAAUAUAAUGCCUUGAGUGCUCCUUCUUGCCAAACAGUUACUUCUCAGCUAUCUCCAUGCCUCUCAUACAUUCGAAAAGAUGGUGCAAAAAAGGUAGGUGAUGGUCCAUCAGUACCUUGCUGUACAGGUGUAAAUAACAUCUACCAACUUGCAAAAACCAAACCAGAUCGAGUUGGUAUUUGCAACUGCUUAAAAACUGUACUCAUUAAUCUUGGAAAUAAUGUCAUUCCCUCUCGCAUUUCUGGACUCCCCCAGAAGUGUGGCGUUUCUUUUAAUAUGCCUCCUCUAGAUAAAAACUACGACUGUAACAAGGUUCCUAUGUAUUGAUGAAGGGGUAGUGAUCUAGGAAGCUGCUGGAACACCGAUAAAAUUAUAAAUAAAGCUUAGAAGUUGAUACCAUAUGUACGAAAUCAGAUUUUAAUUAAACGUAUAACGAUCUUAGAGCAAGAUCCAUUGUAAACGUAACUUCAAAUGUUAGCGCACGGUUGAAUAUUGAUUGACGAAUAUUUAUAUGAUCAAUACUCUAUAAAUUUGAUUA